AUGAUUCUACAGUAUUCCUCGGCAGAUUCAGCAAGUAGUGACAAGAAUGAAGAAGCCGAAGUUCCAGACAGCAAGUUAGAACCUGAUUCUGACAAAAUCUCCGAAGACGACCCCGAAGGCAGCAAUGAAGUCGAAAGUGUCACUCGCACAUCCGCCUCUUGCGUCAAAGUUGAAGUCAACGAUAAUGACAAUAAUGAAAGUGUCGAAGCCAACGGCAGCAUCGAGGACAACGAUGAUACGCCGGACGUUUACGACAUCAAUGUAGUCGCAUGGGACAGUCUCACUACACCUUUGCAUCUCGCGAUUCUUCACGGCCAUGUCGAGGUUGUCAAAGAACUUGUUUCGUCAUUCGGAGCUGACGUUUUGAUGCCAGUCAAGAUCGUGAAUGAGCAGAUCAAAAAACCUCAUGCAGCCAUUCUCACUUUAGUCCUCGUGCCUGCACUGCCCUUUGAUAAGGCCAGAGAGAUGUCACAGACGCUUCUGGAACUUGGCGGUUCUCCUGCUCAGGCUGAUCUGGCUCAGUGGACGUCACUCCAUUACAUCGCCCAGUCUGACUACAGUGAGCUCCUGGACCUUUAUAUGGAGCACGAUGGACCGGCUGUACAACGAGCAAUCAACAACCUAGCAGCUGUCGAUAGGGGUUGGUAUAGGUCGAGCCCCACAUUUUGUUCCGCCUUGGUUAGCUCCAUACAAGCCAGGAAGCAUGCAUCGGCAAAGAAGCUUCUAGAGAUGGGCACAAAGCCCAAUUUCUCGUGUGAAGACAUUAUGAAAGUCACUAAAGAUCAAUUGCCUAACUAUUCCUUCUAUGGCGAUGACUGUGAGACUUCAUACUCGAGAGCAAAGCAACCAAUCCUCUGUGCCAUAGAAUGUGACAUGCCCUUAAUCGCACUCGAUUUGCUCAAUCAUGGGGUUGACCCGAAUGCAAAGAUCCUGACUUUGGACCAUUAUGAAUCUGGAUGGACAGCCUUGGAUGGCGUGCGAACUCAGCUCACAAAGCUGCGAAACCCCUUGAGCCAGGAGCCUUCCAUCAAGCCAUUCGGAUGGGGAAAUCGUAGGCCUACACCUAUUAAUUUUGAACUUGACGAUAAAUUAUAUCUUAAGGUGUUUCAAGAGGGUACUUACAAGAUGUUCUUUGCUGAAAACCAGCUGAAGAUUGCCCGGGAGUCCCACAGGAAUUCAACGGAGCAAGACAAGUCUGAGAAGAACCCAGAGAAGCCUGCUGGAAUGAGCGAGAAGAACGAUGCUAUUUCCGCCCUGAUUCAUAACUAUGAGAUACUGGAGAAAAGAUUACUGGUGAAGGAAGCGAAAACUAUCGAAGAACUCGGUACCGACAAUGCCGAUACAUCUAAGCCAUCUCAAACUAAGCCGAACCCAAGAAACCAGAUUAACGAAAAGUCGGGGACCAAGAAGCCUUUUAUGUUCAAUUUCAAUUUCAGCAGGAAAGAUAUCACUGAUGUCACUCACGAUGGCUAUUUGCAAUUAUUCGAGGCGGCAUGGAAUGGCGACAUCACAUCAAUCAAAGCUUUGACUCUCGGCCUGUGGGGUCAUACUCAAGACCAGCCACCACUGGAGAUCGCAAUAUGCGAUGAGCUAGGGUCUUCAUGCCUAUCACUUCUGAUCUUGCGUAGCCAUCUCACUGUCGCGAAGGUGGUCAUACACAUCCUCCGAGUUCAAUACGAGGGGAAAAAGCCCGAGGCACCAGUACGCCUUGAGAUCGACAGCGAUGCAGAUUCUUCGGACGAUGAAAACCUGAAUCUCGUGAGCCAUGAGGUGGACGAUCAGUUCACCUUCGAAAACAUCGGAGAAGUGACUACUCAAGUAAAAAGUAACGUGUUGCCAAUCGGAGCAUUACAGAGGUCUUGCGAUGCCUUCCUCUUCUUGGACAAUCACAGCUCGACUGUUCACGAAUGGAAGUUCUUCUCAUCUUAUCCGUCACAAAAGUAUAACUCUGCCUCGAUGAAGGUCAAUACUCUUAUGAAAUACGCGAUUAUCAAAAACGAUCUGGCUUUGUUGGACUUCCUUCUCGUUGCUUCUCGGGAAUGUAGCAAUAUGUGCCCAGACGAAGAUGAAUCUGAAUAUUCCCGGGAGACAUCAUGCCAAGAGUUCCAGUUGGCAAUGGUCUUAGGCCACAAUGAUUGUCUUGCCAAACUCAUUCGAUUUAAAGCUGUUGGUCUCCCCCUUGCGAAGCUGAGCGAAAACUCGGGCGUUCGGGUACAUAAGGAGCCUGGAUACUACCAAGGCCUAUCCAUCCGGGGAAAAAGCGCACUGACUGGGCUAGUGCUGGACGUCCUGAGCGGAAAGGAUCUCCUGAAGGACGACCGCCCCUUUUGA